CUGUGCGCGGUGCGCGAUACGGUCCUAUUCCUGCAAAAUAAUAAGGUCCGUCAAACUCUUUAUAUUCUUCACAUCUUUGAUUUUUGCAUAUGUGAGUAAAGCGCUUUUUUGGAAGGCAGAACGAUUAGGACGUCUGGUGUUGCAGGCACUAUGGUAGUCUCUUUAACUGGGAAGGCGAUCAUCGCGGUGGUGAUCCUUGGAGUGGUGGGUGGUAUGAGCGUUACCAUAGCGCUGAUAGUGAUGGAUAAUAAUAAGACCCAGGAGCCCCCACCGACAACGACUGCAGCGCCAGAGAAUGAUAUCUUGUACCAAGUUGGAGUUGGGAUUGCCGAUAUGACGGGACCUUGUGUGGAAAUUAAUUUUAUGGGGUACGCCGACCUGGGACAGUCGGGCCAAGGUUUACAUUUGAGGCAGUUCGCGAGGACCUUCAUCUUUGUGAAGGGGAAUACCAGGCUCGUACUGGUCACUGCAGAAGUCCAGGCUGUUGGUAUUGCUGUUAGGCGGGAGGUAGUUCGCAACCUACAAGUCUUGUACGGCGACAUUUAUACCCUUCGCAACGUGAUCAUCACGGGCACACACACGCACAGCGCCCCGGGAGGACAUCUGGUCGACUUUCUGCUGGACAUCAGCAUCCUCGGCUUCUCUAGAGAGACUUUUGACGCGUACGUCGAUGGCAUCACUAGAAGUAUAAGGCGUGCCCACGCGAACAUAGGACCAGCGCGGCUUUACUUCAGCCAGAGCAAGGUCCACAACGCACAUAUGAACAGAUCCCCCUUCUCCUACGAAAGCAAUCCCCAGGAAGAGAAAGAGAAAUACUUGCGGAACGUGGACGACUUGCUGAGCCAGAUCCGUAUAAACCGACCGGAUGGGUCGCUGGCCGGCGUGAUGAACUGGUUCGCAGUGCACACCACCAGCAUGAACAUGACUAACUUGCUGAUCUCCUCCGACAACCUCGGAUAUUCCGCGCUGCGGAUGGAGGCUGAGCUUAACCCUGGAGCAUUGCCUGGAAGGCCCACCAUCGUCACUGGUUUCUUCUCCUCGAACCUGGGCGACGUGUCCCCCAACACUCGCGGCGCCCGCUGUGAGUUCAGCGGCGCCGAGUGCGACAACCAGUUCCUCCUCUGUCGCGCGCAGGAGCGAUGCUUCUCUCAAGGACCAGGAGUCGACAUGUUCGACAGCACCAGGAUCAUCGGCCAUGCUGUGUUUGAAGGGGCUAUGGAUGCUUUGCACUACCAUGGCGAGGAGCUGCGUGGGGAGUUGGCAGUGGUCCAUCAGUUUGUGGACAUGCCUGCAGCGACCGCUUAUAAAUACGAUCCUGUAGCAAACACAUUUGAUGCUGAAAAGCCAGUGAACGGUUGUUUCGCUGCGAUGGGAUACAGCUUCGCGUCCGGCACUAUCGAUGGUGCAAACACGUUGAAUAUUACACAGGGUACAUUAGAAGGUAAUCCGCUGUUCGACCUGGUGGGCGGAGUGGUGGCGCCCCCUACUGACGAGGAUAUCGAGUGUCACGCGCCCAAACCCAUACUACUCGCUACUGGCAGGGCAAACUUCCCCAUCCCCUGGCACCCUCGCAUCAUCUCCGUGUCCGUGGCGUUGUUGGGCGGUGUGGCGAUAUUGGGUGUGGCAGGGGAGCCCACCACGAUGGCGGGACGUCGCAUGCAGCGCGUGGUGGCGAGCGCCAUGGAGCGCUGCGGUCUGCCGCCCAGGGUACUGGUGUCAGGGCUCACCAACGAGUACAUGCAUUAUGUCGCCACUUUUGAAGAGUAUCAGAUACAAAGGUAUGAGGCGGCGUCAACGAUCUUCGGUCCGCACACGCUGGACAUCUUGCUCAACAAGUUCGACGAGUUUAUAAACGUCGCUAUAGAUGGCGGCGAGGUCCCGCCAGGCCCGGAGCCGGCGGACAACAGAAACAGGACGUUGUCAUUGAUCCUGCCCGUGGUGGUGGACAACAGUCCCCUGGGCAGGUCGUUUGGAGACGUCUUGGAACAGCCCUCUGUCACCGUGGCCAGGGGGCAGACCGUUCGAGCUAGAUUUGUGGCAGCAAAUCCUCGUAACGACCUGAAACAGGAAUCAAACCACGCUGUCGUAGAGAGGCUAGAAGCGGGACGAUGGGCCGUGUUCGCAAACGAUGCCGAUUGGAAUACUAGGUUCACCUGGACCCGAGACUCGACGCUCUUGGGCACCAGCUCAGUGACGUUCGAGUGGACCGUUCCCCUGGACACCACCAUGGCGACGUACAGGAUCGUGUACCACGGCGUCGCGCGCACCUUGUUCGGGAACUUGCGGGAAUUCAGCGGGAUCAGCAAUGCAUUUACUGUUGUCGAUAUAAAUGUUUAGCUAAUA